CGACGACGAAAAAAUAUAUACAUCCACCGCCUGCCGCUGUUAAGUACAAAUGUCAGCACCAUCCGACGUUGUACCGGACGACGCACCUGGCACGUCGUUGGCCUCUCUCCGCGCUGUGAUCGACGCCAAGCUGCGCGAUGAGGGUAUUUACUCCCAGCUGCGGUCACUCCUUCACGAGCAUGCCACGGCCAACCUCGUCCACCACGACGGUGGCACCCCCGAUCUCACUACUCCAGAUCACGACGACAACGACCGACUUCUCCACACAUUGUUGGAGUCGGAUGUCGUGCAGCAAUUGAUCGCGUCGAUUCAGCCGCCUCCUCUGUCGUCACCGCCAUCUGUGACAAAGCAGUUUACAGCGCAGGAAGCCACUGCCGUCCCGUCGUGGAGCCAUCAAGGCAGCGCCCGAUCCCAGCCCGUGGUCGUGCAUGUACGUGUGCUUGGGGGGCGCGCGUUUGUCGACAACCUCGUCGACAUUGCGCCCCCGGCUUGUUCUACUCCAUCAGAAUCGGCCAAGUUGAUGCACCGAACGUGCCUCCGGUUCGACGUGGCAUUUCAAAACCAACGGUUUCAGUCGCAGCUUGUUGAUUGUGUGGUCGAUCCGCCCUUUGACGAAACCAUGGCAUUCUCGCUCCAGCCGCCCCCCUCCAUUGGCCAUUCAGUAGCCAUGUCCAAAUGGGAAUCGCUUUGCGCCAUCCAAGAAAGUAUCCACUGGACCAUUACCAAGCAUGUGCAAACAUCCCCCCCUGCAUCUUCGACCGCUCUGUGGACGGAUGUGUCUGUGGAACUUGUAGCUGCGGCGGCCUUGGACUGGCGGCAGUGGCUAACCUCGCCCCAUCCAGUUGUACAUAUUCCCCUUACGCUACAAGGCCCGAUGAAAGUGCCCGUAGGCGUGUUGAAUCUCCGCGUCGACAUCCCCGCCGUGCACAAGACCACCGCCACCACGCACGACGCCAAGCUAUAUUUGCAAAAAGAAACCAUUUCUACCCACGGCACCCAGUCGCAUUUGUACCAGUAUUGCAAGCACUGGUGGGCCGACUACUUGCGCGACCACCGAAACGCGACCAGCACCACCUCAAUUGUCCCGUCGUCGUCGUCGUCGUCGUCGUCGUCGUUGGCCACUGACAAACUAUCCUUUAGCCAUUGGAUCCGACUCUUUGUUGAAGACGACACGCAGCGAUAUAAACUCGUGUGCACGUAUGUGACGCCGUUGCGAUCGCUUCACUUAAGUACCCCCAGCGAAGCCGCUCGGUUCGUGUCACUGCUUCCGUUUGUGAGGGCGUCGCAUGUGGGCUCGGGGCGCGAUGCCACAUGGCAGUCCCUGGCGGCAUUUCUCGCCCUCGGCCAUGGAGACUGCGAAGAACAUGCCAUUUUGCUCGCGUCGCUGUUGCUGGGGUUUGGACUGGAGGCGUAUGUGUGCAUGGGUACAAUCCGCCGUUCUACAGCAAUUACCAGCAGCAGUCAUGAUUCGGUUCGACAUGUUUGGGUGGCGACCAUGUUAACCUCGGGGGUUGUGUUGUGGGAGGCCGUAACAGGCGAAUGCGUGGCGGCGUCGGCUGCUAUGUACGACCGCGUGGACUGCGUGUUCAACCACCAGUCGUUUUAUGCCAACUGCCAAGACAGGAUCGAGUUUGCGCUUGUGGAUUGGACGGUUGAGAAUCCCCAGCUGUGGAAGGCGUUGGAUCCGGCGUUGAUUGCACAAGUGGGGCCGCGCCAGCCAUCCGUUGCGCUUCGUCCGCCGGUAACGAUGACCGACGACGCGGCGACCGAUCGGGCGCUGCGCCACUGGCUGCAGGCCACGCGAGCCGCCCACGGACUGCACACGACGAGGUGGCACCCUGACUUGAGCCAUUACAUACGCAUGGCCCUCACGUCGUACGAAGUGGAACGGGUGUUUGGAUCGGCCAACGUGGACAACGUGUACUUUCAGGUACCUCGUACAGUGUGUGGUGGUGGUGCCUACAGUGGAAUGGGUUGACAAUAACGUGAAUCGUAGAAUAGCGUGCAAGGGGCCGUGCCGCAAGGCCACACGUUCAAAGGCUUCCCCGUGAGCGGCACCAGUCUCGACGACGUCCAACGAAAGCUAGUGGCGGAUGUCGUCGGGCGAGAGGUCGUGCUCUUCCCCAAGGCGACGCAUGCCCAGUUUGGCGUGGCCGUCAAGAGCGUGCCCUAUCCCGAAGGCAUUUGCGUGAUCUGGGCCAUGGUGGCUGUCGUGUACAAGACGUCGUAGCAGCCGCGUUGACAGUAGCAUCGAGGCGCGUAAUCAUUCAAAUCGGAUUGGCUGAAAUACAA